GUGAACUAGCAUCUAAUCUCUUUACAUUUUUUUUUUUUUCUUUAUUCCUGCCUGAAUGGCUUAUCUACUCCUCGCAGCUUUGCUUUGUGUUAUUGCAACAGGCUGGGCUGAUAUUGGCAUGAAAUUUAAAGAAAGUAACCUCCCGUUUGCGGAGUUUAGACCUUGGGACGUUUCUGCUAACGGCGCCAUUGACUUAUAUUUUCAAACAAAGAAACGCAACGCUCUCAUUCUCUACCAAGACGACGGCGAAGGAAGAGAUUGGAUUGAUGUUUUCUUAGUGAAUGGAAUAGCACGGCUUAGACUGAGAUUGGGAACUUGUGACCAAGCGAUUACACAUUUAAACGGAAACUUUACUGAUUUCAAAUGGCAUCGUUUGAACGUCGAACGUAACUUCUCGAUGACGACUAUUUCUAUCGAUGGAAUUAGAUCAGAAUCUUUGUUAUGCGAGGAAACAUUAGAGUCUCCCGUAAAACCUAAACCAAGUAAGAGCAGUCUUUACCUUGGCGGGAUCCCUUUGCUCUCGAAACCUAUUGGGYACUGGUCCAACCCUAACAUCUUCCAUGAGGCGCAGUACCACGGAUUUACAGGCUGCAUCGCACGAGUUCGCUAUAGCAACGGAGAUAAAAAAUUACGAAAAGCAAAAUACAAGAGCUCCUCAGGAACCACUUCUAACUGCCAGGGCGCAUGCGUUGGAAAACAUAGCAAGGCGUGUAAGAAUGGCGGGAAAUGUCUUGAUUUUCUGGUGAGAAUGCGCUGUGAUUGCCGAGGGACUGGAUUUACGGGAAUGUACUGUCAGGAAAAAUUACCUAUCGUCGUUUCAUUUACCAAUGCAACCUCGGUGACUUUGGUAAAUGCAACUUUGAUGGUCUCUGCGCAUGCAAGAGGAAAGGCGUCCGCUGUACAUGUUGAAAAACCCUUCAAUACAGUGACCGUGAUGCUGUGUGGAAUUUACUACAUCUUGUACAAUAAUCAUGGAGAAUGAAAGAGCGGUGCUACUUGAACAAUAAGUGACUCCAAUGACUUUAUAAGUACCAGUUGAUGUCAUCUUAAAACGACCCUGGAUGAAUGAGAACGAAGACAAUGGAUAGCAAAUGUGGUUGAGAACUUCAGCUUCAGCAAGAAAACGAACUUGUGUUAAUUAUAGAUUAUUAUGCAUUUAUUUAUUAAUACGUCAAAAAUUCUGUCAGUAGUUAUCGACUAGUGUAAAAAAAAGGGUAGCAAUGGAUAGCAAAUGUGGUUGAGAACUUCAGCUCUAUUUAAAAUAAUAUGAAAUGACCAAUAAAAUGUAAAAAAGCUGG